AGCUUGCACCGACCAAGUUGAACUAGCUUUGUGCUUAGAAAUUCUGGGAUCUUGUGUCCCAGCAUUAGUUGACUCUCUUGUCGCGUUAAUAUUCAACUUCGAGGAAGCCAAUUUGAACUCCUUUGCUCUUAGCAUCUUCGAGUAACCAGUUUAGCGAACAAUUUUACUUCUGCUACUCACACCUUACCACGAGUAUCUUCAUCUUCCACUUAUAUUUCCCAUAUAUCCACAAUGAAAUAACUAAAAUACCUAGAAUAUGUAUAAAUCUAAUAAUGAGUAAUCUAAACGAUAGACACUAGCGCACAUUGCACCUGAUUUUUUAAUUGUCACAAUUUUCUGCCACUGCGUGUACCGUAUCACUCUGCUCCGAAUGCCGCAUCGAGCAUGAGUGAAAUACUACUCGGUAGACAUUCUUCUGUAGAAAGAACAUAAAAGAAACCCGCAACCUUGUGGUUUCACCCUUCGCGUACCUACAAAGUUGCAAAGAUUCAUCCCCCAACAUAGUAAUUUCCGUUCCCCCCUUUUCCCCGUCCUCGUGCGGCGACUGAUCAAUCGACAUGCGCUGCAUCGCUUUUUUUUGUAAUUACAUCGAAAAUGAGACGUAUAAGAAAAUGACAAGGCUCGGGAGGGAGGGUAGAUAAGAAAAUGAUAGACCCAGCGAAAAUAGACAAGUGUCCUUACAAUUUUAAUAUUUUAAAUACGAUCCUAGCUAUGCUACGUUCGCAGAUCUCAAUCAUUCGACGGGAGAUAAGCCGCCGAUGAAUAUUUCAAUCGGUCAUCAAAGUCCUUUUACUUUCUAAAGAAAUGUGCUACCGCGCAAAGAGCGAAUACUUCUCGCGUGAUUCCCGAACGGAAUACGUCAUUGAAACUUUCAUAUAUCAGUACCCCGCUGUACAACUAAAUUGCUCGUGGCAUCGUAGAGCAUUGACUUCCUCGUUGAUUGCCACAUUGUCGCGAGGAAUCAAUUGACGUAAAGGAUAUCAAAAGACUUAGCUAGGGAAGAAUGACGGCCACUGUGUUUAAUAGCAAUGACAGCAGUUUAGACGAGAAUCCACUUUAUAAAAAGAUUAUGAAGGAUUUGACGACCUUAGGGCUGCAUCCUAAUCAAAACAAUCAACUCGGCAGAAUUCGUUUUGCGAUAUUGUUGAGCGGCAUAUUGACCAUGUUGAUUCCAAUUGGGAUACAAGUGUUCACAUCGAUACUCGCAAAGGAUAUCGAUGGAGUGAUGUACGCUAUACCUGUUAUGAACACGGACCUGGUUUCGCUGAUAAAGGGAGUGACCCUCAACUCCAACAGGGAACAAGUAAUUACUCGGUCUGCCGCGAAAGGGAAUUUUUCCACUUUAGAAAUAACAAUGACGAAAUCAAAUGUAUUGCAGUUUAAAGAAAUGUACAACCUUGUGGCAGAAGAGUGGGUGUCGUUGAAGUCCAAGGAUGAAAUUCGCACUCUGGAAAGCAUAACCCGCAGAGGAACUCAACUUGCCAAUCUGUACAGAGCUGGUAUCAUAGUUGGCUGUCUAACGCUCGCCGUGGUCCCACUGAUUUACCCCCUUCUGGACAUGGUUCUACCGCGAAAUGAAACUCGACUACGUCAACAAAUGUUUGAACUGAAUUAUUUGGUAGACGGUGACGAAUACUUCUAUCCGAUAUACUUUCACCUGAUGUGUACCUUCACUAUAGUGUGCGUACUACUUUACACCGUAGAUUGUCAGUACAUGGUCUUCUCCCACCACACCUGCGGAUUGUUCGCCAUAUGCGGGUAUCAAAUUCAACGAGCAACAGAAAGCGUUGGUGCAAACACUAAGGAUGCUGCUACGAACAAGGCCAUAUAUCAAGAGUUCAAGGACUGCGUGGUAUUUCACCAUAAAGCGAUCAAGUUUUACGAUUUCAUGAAUCAAAUGAACCGGAAAGGAUACUUGCUCACUAUUGGGCUAAAUAUGCUCUGCAUUAGUGUCACAGCUGUUCAACUGGUUAUGUAUAUCGAUCAACCGGCGGAGUUUCUCAAAAUUUUUAUUUUCCUCCUUGGCCAAAAGUAUCACUUGUUCUUCAUCAGUCUCCCUGGACAGAGAAUGGUGGAUUACAGUUUGGGAUUAGCUGAGAAUCUAUAUAGCUCCAAUUGGUACGACACACCGGUGUCAGUGCAAAAAAUACUUUACACGAUGCAAAUAAGAUGCAGUAUACCGUGUACGUUCAGUGCAGGGGGGUUGUACGACAUGAACAUGGAGAACUUUGGAAUGAUAAUUAAGAGCUGCGUGUCGUAUUUUACGAUGUUGACGUCGGGCGAAGGAACGAUUCAAAAAAGCAUCGGAGAAAUUAAUAUCGGAAAAAUGACCGCCACAGGUGAAAUUAAUGAUAUUUUUGGCAAUACUUGGUACGUUAAGGCACGUCCUGUGAAGAUAUCGUCGAAAUUGAUCUUCCUAGUGAAACCUCGUGUUACAGUUGUCAAACUUUCGCUUUCUUUAACGUUGACACCCAACAGACUCCUCACCAAUUACGCUCAAGUUCGUAAUAUUUCAUCAGUGUUUCAGAGCAACGACAGGUUAAUGGACAAUCCAUAUUAUACUAGGGCGUUGAAGGAUCUAAUAAUAAUAGGACAGCAUCCAUAUCAAAGCGACCGGGUCCGCAGAUUUCGUUUCUUCGCGAUACUAUCCAUCAUAACGAGCAUGCUAAUUCCAAUCUGGAUACAAAUGUUCACAUCGAUACUCGCGAGGGACAUCGACGGAGUGAUGUACGCUAUACCAAUCAUGAACACGGAUAUAGUUUCGGUGAUAAAAUUAGUGAGCCUCAACGCCAACAAAGAACAAUUCAAGGAAAUGUAUAAUCUUGUGACGGAGGAAUGGGAGUCGUUGAAGACCAAAGAUGAAGUACAAACUCUGGCGAACGUUACACGGAGAGGAAACGAACUUGCUCACGUGUACAGAAUCAGUAUCGUAAUGUGUUGUACAACGGUUAUCGUGGUCCCACUGAUGUAUCCAUUUCUGGAUAUCAUUCUACCUCGAAACGAAUCACGAAUACGACAACAGUCAUUCGUGUUGAAUUACUUGGUGGACGGGGACAAAUACUUUUAUCAUAUAUACGUUCACUUGUUUUUCUGCGUGGCUGCUGUUGGUAUGACAUAUUACACAAUCGAUUGUCAGUACAUGGUCUUCACUCACCACGCCUGCGGAUUGUUCGCGUUAUGCGGGUAUCAAAUUCAACGAGCAACAGAAACUUUCAGUUCAGACGCUAAAGACGCUGUCGUGAAGAGGGCCACGUACCAAGACUUCAAGAACUGCAUGCUCGUUCACCAAAAAGCUAUCAAGUUUUACGAGCUCAUGAAUGACAUAAACCAAAUAGGCUACUUACUUACAAUCGGGCUCAACAUGCUCUGCAUAAGUGUCACAGCUGUUCAACUGAUUAUGUACAUCGACCAACCGACGGAGUUGAUCAAAGUACUCGUUUUCCUGUGUGCCCAGAAAUUUCACUUGUUCUUCAUCAGUCUGCCUGGGCAAAGAAUGCUGGAUUACAGUUUAGAAUUAGCCGAAAAUGUAUACGGCUCCAAUUGGUACGAGACACCAGUGAGAAUACAAAAAAUAUGUUACAUGAUGCAAAUAAGAUGCAGCCUGCCGUGCACGUUUACCGCAGGAGGAUUGUAUGACAUGAACAUGGAGAACUUUGGAAUGAUUAUUAAAACCUGCAUGUCAUACUUUACGAUGUUGGUGUCAGUAAGAGAAUAGCUUGUGACUGCUACUGGGAAAUCUUCUCGGAGUGAUUGGAACAUCGAUAUAUUAGAUUUUUGUACGUAAGGUUUACUUAGGUUACAGAGAUCGCCAUUACCGCGAUAGAAGAAAGCAAUAGACCUAAAUACAACACUUGAAAAUAAAAGUUCCUUUUCAUUGGUUUGCUCGUUCUCUGGUUUCUCGAUAAAUGAUGUUACCGAUUUUCACGAUUACCGCACAGUAAGCGAACACGCAACGUCUAGAAAGUCCAGAUAAACUCCCAGUGAUCUCUUCCACGCGUCGCGUUCCGCUUCAUUUCACAUACGAAAGAAAAAGAAACAGGAAAAGUAUUCCUUAUCAUACCAUUUUAGUAAUUGUCGGUACGAACGAAUAUAGAGUCGUUCCGACUCCACGCGUAACCUGAUAAAUGAAUUAUUAUCGUUCGUUGCGUUGACCUUUCUUUUCCGCUAUCAUAAAAUCCCACGAUAUGUACCAAGUAAAUAAAAAUACGUAACACUGAAGUACAUGUAUAUAAAUUAUUAUCGUGGAUACCCAUUCUCCUGGUUUAUUACCCGUCAUAACGAAUGCCACACGAAGAAAUGAGUCGGAGUA